AUGCAAUCCACCACUCUCCCACCAUUUAAAUCUCUUUUCCCAUCUUCAGGUUCUUUCCCAUUCCCUACCAGUCUAAAUAACUCAUUAACUCAUCCUUCAAAAACUGUUGAUAACCGUUUUCAUGUUAAAAAUAAAUUGAUAAAUACUGAACAAGAUAUGACACAAUAUAUUCCUCCAGUUCAACAGUCACCUAAAGAACAAUCUUGUAAUUACUCCUGUUGCCGUUCUGCAAAUGAAGAUGUUAGAUCAUCAAUUAAUUUAUAUGAUAAAUCAUCAAUUUAUAAUAAUUUUCAAUCUUCUCAACAAUGUUACUCACUUGUUUGA